AUGGAGAGGGAAGUAUCAUAUAAAAAGAACAACAGGGACAUAAUAUACGUCGGAAACUUGCCGAAGGAAUUAACAGAACAGCAUCUGAAGAAGUAUUUUGACCAGUUUGGAGACGUUGUGAAGAUAAGGCUAAUGAAGUCAAAAAAGACGAAUAGAUCGAAGGGAUACGCCUUUGUUCAAUUUGAAAACAGCGAAAUAGCGCAAAUUGCGGCGGAGACCAUGGACAAAUACCUCAUCGACGGUAAGGCGCUAAAGGUACAUGUAAAGGACGAAGAUCAAGUUGUUAAGCACCUGUUUAAGAGAGGAAGAGCCAUGAUGAUUAAAAAUAAUAAAGUAAAGCAUAUGAACAGUGAGCUGGAUUUUAAAAGAAAAACAAUGAAGGAAAAGUUAGAACGAAUCAUGGAAACGAUUAAGGAGGGGAAGAAGUUGGAAAAGGAUGAGGAAACAGAGGAGUUUGUAAAUAAACUAAAAAAUAAUCUGGAAAAUUUGAAGGAUAAGCAGAAAAGGUUUAACACGGACCUGUACGAUGAGGAAAUAAAGGAAUACACAAAAGCACUGAACACUGUAAAAAAACAUUUAAAAUAG